AUGUAUGUGAGAAGAACUCCUGAUUUACACAGUGAGGUAGGGGUGAGGAUAAACAAGACUUUUCAAACCCUUGUUCAUGAUGUUGGUGAACAUGAUAAUUUGACAUUUGUAGAAAAGGAUGUGAGAAACUACAUUAACAAGGAAAGACACUUUCGCAUAAGAAAUAUAUUUUGGGCAAAUGCUACAAGUCGAGCUGCAUAUGAAUUUUUUGGAGAUAUCGUUAGUUUUGAUACAACUGACUUAACCAAUAAGUAUGACAUGCCCUUUGCUGCUUUUGUUGGUGUAAAUCACCAUGAAAAACUGAAGGGAUAUGGUCAAUAUAAACAAAUUAAAUCAGCAAUGAAAGAUGUUGUUUAUGAUAGUUUAAUGAAGGAUGAUUUUGAAGAGAAAUGGUAUUCUUUCUUGAAGAAGUUUGAUGUUCAACAAAAUGAAUGGUUGUGUGGAUUAUUCAAUGACCAACAUAGAUGGGUGCUAAUAUAUUUAAAACAAGAUUUUUGGGCUGAACUAUUAGCCACACAAAGAAGUGAGAGCGUACACGCCUUUUUUGAUGAAUAUCUGAACUCGAAGACAAGCCUACAACAGUUUGUGAAGCAAUAUGACAAUGCAUUAAGGAGCAAGGUGGAGAAGGAAGUGAAACCUGACUUUCGCACAAUGAACACGAUAAUUCAGUGUGGGUCAAACUCCCUUAUUGAGAGACAAUUUCAAGCUGAGUAUACAAAUGCCAAGUUUGCUGCAGUUCAAGCAGAAUUUAGAGGUAAAAUGAACUAUGCUACACCAAUAAAAUUUGAGGUUGGAACUAUCAUUUCAUACAAUGUGUGUGAGGAUUUUAUAUUUUGUAAUCAGAUGAAAGAAGCCAAGUUUGAGGUUAUUUUUAAUAGGAGAAGUAAGGACAUUAGUUGUCAGUGCUUGCUAUUUGAAUUCAGAGGUAUAAUGUGCAAACAUUCUCUUUCGGUGCUUGGAAUUAAAAGAGUUAAGCAAGUACCUUCUAAGUAUAUUCUCAGUAGAUGGAGCAAGAAUAUUAAAAGAAGACAUUCAUACAUCAAGGUGAGCUAUGAUAAAGUUGAAUUGAAGCCAAUGAAUGAGAGGUAUGAUAAUCUGUCUAAGCAUUUCUAUAAUGUGGCUGAAAUGGUUGCAAAUUCUGAGGAAGAAUCGUUGGGUGAAACUGUUGCUGAGCAGUGUGAAAGUAACUUAUGCAUUCAGUCAUCAGUUAAGGUUGUUGUACAGGAUUUAGGUCAGACAGAUUUAUCCAUCCACAUGGAUACAAUCAAACCCCAUGAUAGUCUUCAACAUAGUGUUGAAAAACAAAUUCAGAAUUAA